GCGGCCAGCUUACUUCAAAGACAUUAAGUGACUGGCAUUCGACGAGUCGAAGAGUUUCGAGAAAUACAAGUAAAAGAGUGUAAAUUGCUUUAUCAUUGUAAUCCGUUCGUAAAAAAAACAUAUAAUCGACAAACGAAUAGAAGCAACUGUCUUUUUAAGUGCUUAUAUUUAGAGACUGUGCAUGCACUUGUGUUUGUACUUAUGUAUUAGAAGUACCGGCCCGCAAACGCACGCCGGACGCUGAAAAUUGCAGAGCCUUGCACGUUUCAUGUGUAGGUAGUGUAAGUGUUGAGCCUCGUGAGCAGUGCGUUAGUUGCGGAUUAAGUGAGUCAAUUCAUUCGUUCGAAAAAAGAAUAAGUUAGUGUGCUAAGUUCGAGAGACGAUCGACUGUGUGAGCAGCUGCUUGGAGCGUUAGGGUAUUUUCUUUACAUCAAGACUGCUUCACACUGUGGAGCAGAACGGCCUCAAACUGUGGGGCUCUGGAGCGUUUUUUCUUCCUCCGCAAGGAAUGUACUACCCUCACAUGGUGCAGACAGGAAUAACUGCGCCUUAUGGGGGAGGUGUGUUUCCUCCUCCCGUAAAUGGAGUAAGUGGAGUUAUCAGCUCGACAAGCUCAGGAGGGGACGUUAAAUCAACACCUACGGUAACUGUCAAAGAAGAAAGUACUGUUACUCAACAGCAACCUACAACAAGUGGAGCACAAGCACAACAGACAUCUGGAGUCUCACAUUCUGCUGCUUCAGGUCAACAAGCACAAGCCAGUUUCAGUCCACCAUCACCUAAUGGUGUUGAUCAACAAGCCAUUUCGGAUGUAUUUCAGGCAGCAGUUGCAGCUGCAGCAGCAGCCGCAGUUAACACUGGCGGACAGCAACAACCUCCUACGAGUGCCACUGAAGCCAAUUCGGAAAAUAAUAUUGAAACUAGCGCGCUAGUACCUGUCACUUCUGGCGCUAUGACACCGGCAACACAAACACAAGGCAUUGAUCUUAAAGGUCAGCCUAAGCGAUUACAUGUCAGUAAUAUACCAUUUCGCUUUAGAGAUCCUGAUCUCAGAGCCAUGUUUGGCCAAUAUGGUCCAAUUCUUGAUGUGGAGAUUAUUUUUAAUGAAAGAGGAAGUAAGGGAUUCGGUUUUGUAACGUUCGCAAAUAGUGCUGAUGCGGACCGAGCACGUGAGAGGCUACACGGCACCGUGGUUGAGGGCAGGAAGAUUGAGGUGAACAAUGCUACGGCUCGAGUACAGACGAAAAAACCACCAGCAAUUCCGAACGUGUGUGUCCAGUGGCCAGAGGGGUAUAGGUUACCGACAAUGCCCUGGAGCUGGCUCGGAGCAGCUGCACCAUCAGCAGCCGCAGCAGCAGCGGUUGCAGCAGCCGCGGUCACACCAUCGCCCGCCACUGCACCCCUUGUGCUUGCCCCGAGGUCCGCAACGAGAAGGAGUGUUUACUACGAUCCCUUUCUAGCUGCACAUGCAGCUACACAAGAUCCUAAUUACAGACUACAAGCUGCUGCUGCUGCUGCUGCUGCAACUGCACCUCUUCUAAAAACGCCGUUAUCAACGGCUCAACAAGCAACUUAUGCGGCUGCUGCUACUUAUACAGCUGUCGCUGCCCGCGCCUAUGGAGCAGCUGCAGCAGCUGCUCAGCCUGUUGCUGGAUACACUGCAGUAGCUGGUUAUGGACGUGAAUAUGCAGAUCCUUAUUUAAGCCAUGGCAUUGGUCCUGUUGCAGGAUACGGGGCAACAGUUUAUCGAGGUGGCUACAAUAGGUUUACACCUUAUUAAAAUUUAAAAUUAUUUUCAAGAAGGACGUGCUAUGAUAUUUAUUGAAAAUACGUCAAAUGAUGAUAAUUAUAUAAUAUAAAAUAUUAUUCCAGAUUCAAGUCAUCCAUGCUUUUUAAGGUUUAGACUUAGUGUCGCGGUUAUUUACUGCUUUUCUGUAACAAACUGUAACAAAUAUAAUUUAUUUUUUUUAGUUUGUUCUAGCAACCAUGACAAUUCUUAUUAUAUA